AUGGCUAAUGAUACAGCACAUCAGGGGGGCCGGACGCUGGCACAUGGUCCCAUCAUGUGUGUGAAAUGCGAGGCAGAGCUCUCCUUCACUCUCGAGCCCAGUGACAUCAUUGCGGUGCAAGAGCAGCCGCUGAUGCUGCACUGCCAGGUGGACGGCAUCCCGCCCAUCACCACGCAGUGGCGGCGCAACGGCCUGCUUCUGACUCAGGCCCAGCACUGCACCACCUUCAUCAACGGCUCGCUGCUGAUCGGUCGCUUCCAGCAGACCAAGCCCGACGGUUCGUCUGACGAGGGGGACUACGAGUGCAUGGUCCAGAAUCCUUUCGGGCUGGUGGUCAGUCGCAAAGCCCGCGUGCAGGCAGCCACAAUGGCGGAUUUCCACGUCCAGCCGGAAUCGGUAUACGUUGAGGAGUCCAGCGUGGCCCGAUUCCAGUGCCAGAUCCACGGUCUCCCAGAGCCCGUCAUCAGCUGGGAGAAAGACGGCCGUCCGGUCGACACCAAGGACGAGAGCCCAGGAAGUGGGACGGAAGGCGACCCCCCGGCAGAGUUUGUGCUGCCUCCGCAGUCCAUCGCCCGGCCCAUCGGCACCACCGCCAUCUUCACUUGCCAAGCGCAGGGCGAGCCCUUCCCCCAGCUCAUGCUGAAGAAUGGGCAGAUCCUGGAGCCGGGGGGUCACGUCAAACUCAGGAACAACAACAGCACGCUGACGAUAUACGGCAUAAGCCAGGACGACGAGGCCAUCUACCAGUGCAUCGCCGAGAACAGCGCCGGCUCCACGCAGGCCAGCGCCCGCCUCACCGUGCUCUGGGCAGACGGGCUCCCCGGGGCGCCCGCCGCCGUGCGGGCCGAGGCCCUCGCCCCCAACGCCAUCCAGGUGUCCUGGAACGAGCCCAACCAGAACACCCAGGACAUCAUCGGCUACGUGCUGCACAUCCGCAGGACCUCAGACCCGUUGGAAAUGGAAUACCAGGAGGCAGUCAGCAAAGUGACGCUCCAGCAAGUGAUCGGGGAUUUGGAGCCUUCCACCAGUUACACCUUCUAUGUCAAGGCCUACACAUCCCGUGGGGCCAGCAAGCCGUCUGAUAGUGCAACGGAGAGUACCCUAGGGGAGGUACCAGCGCCCCCCUCCCUCUUCAUCAAGGUGCUGAACAGCAGCGUAGUGCAGGCAAUGUGGGAGCCUUCCUCCAAGAUGGGCCAUCACAAGGGCUUCAGGCUUUAUUACAGAAGGGCUCAUACACCGCUAUUCAUCGGACCCUUCACCCUGCCUGGCAACAUCACUCACUACAACUUCACUCAGCUGGAUCCUGCAUUGGUCUAUGAGAUAAAGCUGCUUGCUUACAACCAACAUGGGGAUGGCAAUGCUACCUUGCGGUUCGUUUCACUCAGGGAGGCGAUGGAGAGGCCAGCGCUACACACCCCGCGUGACUGUGUGAGAGAUGAACAGAGCAAGACAUCCACCACGGGCAUCAUUAUCGGCAUUCACAUUGGAGUCACCUGCAUCGUCUUUUGUGUGCUCUUCCUCGUCUUCAGCUACAGGGGCAGGUUAAUGAUGUGUAAAACGGUUCAGGCCACCCCUCAAGCAGGGCGCAUUGCGGUGCUGGAGUCCUCCUCCUCUUCCCAGGGGGGCGCUGGCCUGAACCAGCCCGCCAGGGGAGAGAUGCAGCUCAGCAGCAGCGUUGCGGGGAAGAGUCCGGUCGACAGCAACGAGCUGGAGAGACUCUUCUCCGGCCCCGGCUCACAAGACCCGUACACGACCUCCCUCGUCUCCCACCCGCCAAACGACACCCAGCUGUCUACGAUACCACUGGACGAGUUUGCCUUGGAGCGGGACAACGAGACGCCACUGCAGGAGCCCCCUGCCUGCAGAGCGGGCCGGCAGGACCAAGGGUGA